AUGCUUUGGAAUUCAAAUCAAGCCUCUACUGGAAAUAGACUCGAGAAUAUUGAUUGCUGUUUAGCUAGCAUUUACAGUUCAAACUUUGCGACUCUUAUUGUCAAUCAUAAUAAUUUAAUAUCCUAUGAAACCAAUGAAUUGUGUAAUAAAUUUAUUUCCCAAUAUGGUGCCAAUGGUAUUAACGGUAUUAAUGACCAAUGCUUGAUAUACUAUUAUUAUUUACCGAAUAUCACCGUAACAGAACAAAACAUUCAGGUCUAUAAAGAAGAAGCAGGAAGCAGUAAAGAAAUAAUAGAUACUGUUACAAGUAGCCCGUGUAAUGGAUGGAUAAAACAACACGUGAAUUGCAACAUUGCAGAGCCUGGAUACAAAAUUUAUUUUGAUUUUGAGAAAACAUCCGGAACUGGUACCCCUACGACGGCAAUCGCAAUAGAUGAAAUUUCAAUCCAUCAACGUCGUUGCUCUGACGAAUCUGUAACUCAAAGUGCAACAAAUCCAAUAUCAACAUCAACUGUUUCAAUAAGAACUACGUAA